GGCGCUGAGUAUCGGAUGCGUUGGUUUGUCCCUCCCCACGAGCUCCAUUCGCAUCCUAACCAAGCCGAAUAAGGUAUUCCCGCAUCACGAGUCGCUGUGACGGAACAGCUGUCACAAGACGUGAUGCGGAAUACGCAUUGUGGAUAAAUAAAGAGGGGGUGUGGACUCCUGGUCUUACGUGCUCAACCGACGGUAUUUCGUCAAAGAGGAACGUGCGGUUUGUCGUGUAUGUGCUACGUGUGACGAAUAAACGAAUACAUCACUGACAGAGCUCAAUUUCCCUAGACUUCAGUGGCAGGAGGUUAACUGGAUACGUGCGCGCGAACGGGUGGUCAAAACGCGCGAAAAAUACGCUUUUAAAGGCAAAAUACUCUCUAGCAGCAUCUUGUGUGCGAAGUCUCACGUUCACGCAGAAUCCAUCUAUCUUGGACCUUUCCACUCUGGCACGAUGGAGGGGGAGAAGAAACAGGUAACAUGCUACCUCCUGUUUUCUUUGUCAACUGCUGUAAUCGGCUCGCUACAGUUUGGCUACAACACAGGAGUCAUCAAUGCACCUGAACAGAAAUUGCGGUCCUUCUUCAACGACACGUGGAUGGAGCGUUACGGGGAACCCAUCAAACCAGGCAUGUGUACCAUUGUGUGGAGUUUUGCGGUGGCCAUCUUUAGCGUGGGUGGAAUGAUGGGCUCGUUCAGUGUCAGUGUCUUAACCAACAAAUUUGGAAGGCGAAAGUCCAUGAUUCUUGUGAAUGUCUUGGCUCUGGUUGGUGGAGGUUUGAUGGGGCUGUGCACUCUCUGCUACUCUUUUGAGAUGAUCAUUGCUGGCCGGCUGAUUAUUGGGUUGUUCUGUGGGCUCUUCACUGGUCUCACUCCAAUGUAUAUUGGGGAAGUGUCGCCCACUCCACUCCGUGGGGCUUUUGGGACCCUGCACCAGCUUGGUGUAGUGGUGGGCAUCUUAAUCGCUCAGAUCUUUGGACUGGAGUCUCUUCUGGGUUCACAUAAGCUCUGGCCUUUGCUUCUGGCUCUAACCAUCCUGCCUGCCAUCCUGCAGUGUUUAUUGCUGCCGUUCUGCCCAGAGAGCCCUCGAUACCUGCUCAUCAACCUCAAUAAGGAAGAGGAGGCCCGCAAAGCACUUGUGCGUCUCCGUGGCUAUGAGGAUGUGGAGAAGGAAAUGCAAGAGAUGAAAGAGGAGAGUAUUAAGACAGCAAUGGAGAAGAAGGUGACCAUCCCAGAGCUCUUCCGUACUGCAGCGUACCGCCAGCCUCUCCUCAUCGCAGUCAUGCUGCAUCUCUCCCAGCAGCUCUCAGGCAUCAACGCUGUGUUCUAUUACUCGACUGGUAUAUUUGAGUCAGCCGGGAUCACUCAGCCCAUUUACGCAACCAUCGGAGCUGGAGUAGUCAACACUGUCUUUACUGUAGUAUCUCUCUUUUUAGUGGAGAGGGCGGGACGGAGAACUUUGCACCUGACUGGUCUAGGUGGGAUGGCCAUCAGCGCCUUGUUCAUGACCAUUGCCUUGUUAUUGAAGGACAUUGAGGCUCUUCGCUACCUCAGUAUUGCAGCAGUUUUUGCCUUUGUAGCCAUGUUCGAGAUGGGUCCAGGGCCCAUUCCAUGGUUUAUAGUGGCUGAACUCUUCUCCCAGGGGCCACGUCCUGCUGCCAUGGCCGUUGCGGGAUGCUCCAACUGGACAGCCAACUUCCUUGUGGGACUCUGCUUCCCCAAAUUGGAGGAGCUGUGUGGGCCAUAUGUCUUCAUUAUAUUCAUGAUCUUCCUCAUACUCUUCUUCAUCUUUACAUACUUCCGCGUUCCUGAGACAAAAGGGCAAAGCUUUGAUGAGAUUGCUCGGGGUUUCAGUGGAGCUCCGCCUCCAGCAACCACCUCCACACAGUCCGGUGGAGUUGCACUGCCCGCCUCUCCAGUUAAAGAGAAGGUCCCAUUAGUGGAAGCUUCCAAAUCUUCCUCUGACCAGGGGCCCAGCUCAUCCAAGCUGCCUGCAGCAGAGGCUAAAAAGGGGGAGGAGAAUCUUAGCUCAGUGACCCAGCCAUUGGUUGAAUCUAAUGAAGAGGAGAAAUCUAAUUCCAUCGCCCAAGGAACGGUGUAGAACUAUAUAUACAUCUUAACUCGAUUAAAGCCAUUAUAUGUACCACUGAAGAUAGAAAUACAAUGCUAGAGAUUAUUUACAGGCAAAAGAAUAUUUAUUGUAAACAGAUUUAGAUUUGAACGGCCGUGGUGAGUCACAAAAUCACCCAAGAUAUAUUUUGAAAGGAUAUGAGAGCUCAUGGUGUGAGCUUUAUUUUAUUGUGUACGUUGAUAAUUUAUGGUUUGUUGCAAUAUUGAGUCGUGUUUUAAAGGUUUUAUCCUUUUUAUUGCUAAUAUAUUCCUGUUUGUGCAUUUUGGUAACGUUUGAACAUGGUGUAUCAAAUAGGACCUAGUUUCCUAUCUCAAAAAGGACAAAAGAAGGGAAUUUUUACAUUUAUCUUUCAUAAUUUACUCAUCUUUCAUGAUAACACAACUGUCAAACCUCUCUUUCUUUAUAGAAGUGUCUUUCCUUUCCAUUUAAUUAUCUACUGAUCAAGAAAGAAUGAUUGUUAGCUAAAUCCCAAGCACCUACACACAAUCUCAAGACUUUUGCAAUGACAAUGUUCAUUUUGUACAAUAUUACAUAAUAGAUAGAUAGAUACAUUUGCAUUAGUACAGAUCACUACUUCCAUUUAACAAAAUGGUAGUUACUUAGUCUCUUUAUGAGAAGCUUAUGCCAAGAAUAAAAGCGCUAGUUUACUGCCAAAAAGUCUAAAUAGGUUUAAAUAAACAAAUUAUUCAGAUAGAUAAGUCACUCUUUCAUCUAAAAUCACAGUCAUUUUCUAGAGGAAGCAAAUGGACUGACCAGUGUUUUAUGAAUUGCAUGGUUGCUAUUAACAUCCAAGUUUCAAAUAGCCGAGAUAAAGAUUUUUAGAAAAUGAUGUGAUCAGGGAGGAAAUUUGCCUAUAACCAUUAAUCAUGCUACUGAAUUUCCUGUGCUUGCUGGUUUAAUAUACCAGCAUUAUGUUCACCAUAUACUGUAGUCUGUGCUGCAACGAUUCAGUUUGAGGUUUGACAGAAAUCUUACCUGAUUUGAAUAAUGUUUUUAUAAUGACUGUAUCUCCGCACUUUCUGACACUUUGAGUCCUUUUCAAUGAGAACACAUACAGUAUUUAUUUAAAUAUUUAUACAUAUAACAGAGCAUCUGUAAUCAUAAUUUUAUCAUUUGAGUUAAAAGACACUUUAUGCUGCCAUGCUUAGGUGUUGCUAUUUUUGUCUAGAUAGUGACUGUGAAAGUAUUAAGCACAUUUAAAGGCUAGGGGUAAUAUGAGGAAUGGUGCUUUUCCCAUUUCAGUGUCUUGUGAUCAUGUACGUAUUGCACGGAGAGAAACUAAAAAAAAAAAAUAGACCAAGACCGACAACAUUCCUUUCAUAGUAGUGCGCUGGUGUUGUAUUCCAGCGGUCAAGAGCCGCUUCACAUCGAGCACGCCCUCUUCGAACACUAGCAAACACAGCAUCUUAGUAACUGUCAAAACCUUUCACAUACCUUAACUGUGCAUAAUGUACACAACAUGCAGUUUCAUGCUUACUGUACAGAAUUAAAAGGGCAUUACCCUAUAAAUACGUUAGUUGAAGUGUCUGUGUUGAAUGGUGUAGUUGUUGUAAUUGCAGGUCAAAAAGAGUAUGUUCUACACUGAAGUGUUGAUGCUUUGACAUUUGUAUAUUUCCUAGUGGGUUUUCAAGCAAGUGUAUUUAAAUCAUGAGUGGUACUGUGUACAGUUGUUUUAUUAUUUUGUGAAUAAAUAGU